GCUAUUUCAUUCCAUUUGGCUGUUGCACACUUUCUUUAGAAUUGUAGGCCAAUGAAAAAAUUUAAAAAAAUUAAUACGAUCUUAAAUGACAAAAGUUUGUUUGGAAUUGUCAUUUUGACAUAAAAAACAUCAAACAUAACCAAAAAUGUGUGCAACAUAGAUUUAAACUUUUUUAAAAUUAGCUGUGAUAUUAAAAAACAUGUGUGUAAUGAUCCUAAACUUUACAUUACCUCAUAAAUUCGAACUAAUUAAAUCAUUGCAAUGUAUAACCAAACUAAAUUAAUUGGAAUAAAAACGUUAGGACAACCUACCAACGACACCCAUCCUCAUAUUAUCAAAAAAGGAGAAGUAACACCGUUAAUAACAAAAAUUGAAUAUGGUAACAGAAGAUGUAACCUUGUAGAUGCUAUAAGAAAUUAUUCAUUUAAAAACAACUUGAAGUCUAAUAAUCAUUUGAUAAUUAUUCCAGCUGCUUCAACUCAGUACAUGUCUGCCAAAAUCCCUUAUUUCUUCCGUCAAAACACAGAAUUCCUAUACUUGACUGGUUGUUUAGAACCCGAUUGCUGUGCUGUUCUAACAAUAACUGAUCAACAUUUCUUUACAACUUUGUUCACCAGAAACAAAGACGACAAUGCAGAAAUAUGGGAUGGGCCUCGAACUCAUGCCGAAGAUGCCGCUGAUUUCUUCGGUGUUAAUCAGAGUUUACCAAUCGGCGGACUGGAAAAUUUCAUUAGUUCAUUUAGGAAUUCGAUGGGCCAUAUGAAUCUUUGGUACGAUUAUCUAACACCGGUUCAACAUUAUGUCCAUUCUAUAGUAGAAAAAAUCAUGUCGGAGACUGGAAACAAAAAUUGCGAAAAUCCCAAGUUAUUAAUACAACAGUUGAGGAUUUAUAAAAGUCCAGCAGAAAUUGCUUUAAUGCAAAAAUCCUGUGAUAUUGCUGGUGAAGCUUUCAUUGAAACAAUAAAGCAUUCUACUCCAGGUAUGGUUGAAAGUCAACUAAAUGCCAAAUUUGACUAUGAAUGUAAACUAAUGGGAGCUGAAAACUUGGCGUAUCCACCUAUUAUAGCUGGCGGCAAUAGAGCGUGUAUUAUUCAUUAUAUUAAUAACAAUCAGAUAGUAAAAAAUGGAGAUUUAGUAUUAAUGGAUGCAGGUUGUGAAUAUCAUGGCUACUGUAGCGACAUUUCAAGAACAUGGCCGAUUAGUGGGAAAUUUACACCUGAACAACGCAAUAUUUAUAAAAUAGUUUACGAUGUAAAUCUAGAGCUGAUAGAAUUGUGUAACAAAUUUACAACUUUAGACUACUUAUUCGAAACUAUGUUAUAUUCAGUUGGAAAAAAGCUGCAGCAUAUUGGAUUACUACCUAAACAGGAAUCUACUUUUUAUUUAAUGCAGGUUACUAAUCAAUUAUGUCCCCAUCAUUCAUCACAUUACUUGGGAAUGGACGUUCAUGAUACUCCCACAUUAAAGAGAAACAUUGAAAUGAAACCGGGAAUGAUUAUAACAAUAGAACCUGGUAUUUAUAUAAAUGAAAAUAACAUGUUAUUACCAGCAAAUUACAGAGGCAUUGGUAUUAGAAUAGAAGACGACGUUUUGAUAACUGAAAAUGGCCCUGUACUCUUAAGCUAUAAAUGUCCUAAACAUAUAGACGAUAUCGAAAGACUAGCUAGUGAAAAUAAACAAUUACAUUGGUAAAGAGAUUUUAAAGUAAUAAAGGAAUAUUUUAUAUUAGUA